AUGGGCAGCUUGGCGGAUGUUCCACCAGAAAAGAAAGAAAUAGUUCGUGAAAUUCAUCAGCUGGCAAGCCUUGGAGUCCGUUUAGCCGAAUCUGGAAAUGCUGGGAUUUAUGUUCGAGAAGUUGCUGAAUCUUCUAUUGUGGAAGAAAUUAAGCGUCGCCAAUAUGAAGAUCCUAUUACGCGAGGCUCCAAAAGAGCAACAACGUCAGUAUUUUGGGAAAUUGUUUCUGACCCUCUCCCUGCAGGUGAUUGUAGGUUGACGAAGAUGAAGAGGACGGCUCCUGACGAGGGGGAUGGGGGUGCUAAGAAGGCCCCUAGGAUGUCACCGGGGCCGAGUAGGCAAAGCCCCAGCUAUUCGAUUGAGACAGAUCCUUCGGAGGAUCCCACGGAGGACAGUUACGAUACGGAUCCGUCGGAGGACCCAUCUACGACCCCUAGAGCCGAGGAUUCCGCGGAGGGUGGCUAUGAUACAGAUCUCUCGGAGGAUCCGACGAUGACUCCUCCAGAGUUUCUUACCUCCACGGAGGAAGAUAGUUAUGAGACAGACCCAUCGGAGCAUUUCUCUGGGACGACGGAGGAGGAGAUUUUCAGGUAUGCGCCAGCUGCUCCUGUGAGGGAGAACCCCGUUAGCCCGGCCACCUCGGAGAGUGCUACGGAUUUCUCCUGUUCUUUGUCUUGGUCCCCAGUGAGCCGGGAAUUGUCUGAUUAUUUAUAUUCCUCCGAUUCGGAUGUGGGAAAUAGCGGGGGCCAGAUAGGUGGGGGGCAGACAGAUGAGGAUGAUGAUGGACACACCUCUCACGGCAGCUCCCCAGGUCAGACCCGAGAUUGA